CUUCUUCUUCAACUUCACGUCUCAGCAGGCCAAGAUGCAGUUCGAUCGGCUUACUGGUUUCCAGGAAGUGGGAUCGAAGCCAAAGCCAUAGACUCCACUUUGUUCACCCACCUCUUCUGCGCUUUCGCCGAUCUUGAUGCCAGCACAAACCAAGUCAUCGAUUCACCGGCAAACUCCGGCCCAUUCUCGCAAUUCACCCAAACAGUCAAGCUCAAAAACCCUAAUGUCAAAACCCUUCUCUCCAUUGGCGGUGGAAAUGCCAAGAAAGCCGACUAUGCUUCCAUGGCCAGCCAAGAAAGUUCCAGGAAAAGCUUCAUCGAUUCUUCAAUAACACUAGCCAGAAAAUAUGGGUUCCAAGGCCUUGACCUCGAUUGGGAGUACCCAGAAACCGCCGCCCAAACGGCUAACCUCAAGCUGCUUUUCAACGAGUGGCGUGCUGCCGUGGCUGCCGAAGCCCAGGCCACUGGAAAACCGGCUUUGCUUCUCACAGCAGCUGUUUUCUAUAAACCAAAGGUUGAUGGAGUGGAUUAUGAUAUUGAUUCCAUAGCAAAUGGAUUGGAUUGGAUCAACUUGAUGGCUUAUGAGUUCUAUGAUCCUACCAGGCCUUCGGUGACAAAAUCUCGCGCUGCAUUGUAUGAUCCAGCAGGAGAUGAUCAUAUCAGUUGUGAUGACGGGGUUGCAGAUUGGAUUAAGGCUGGUUUGAGCCCGAAGAAGCUGGUUCUUGGGUUGCCAUAUUUUGGGUUUGCUUGGAGGCUGCAGGAUGCUAAUAAUCAUGGCCUUGAGGCUCCGGCCAGCGGUGCAGUUGGUGCCGAUAAAGGGGUCAUGAGGUUCGACGAAAUCAAGGCCGUUCUGAACAGUGCCACGGAUGUUUACGGUGAGACCAUUGUCACGAACUAUUGCUAUUCUGGGACAACUUGGAUAGGGUACGAUGGUGCCUGGACUAUUUCCACCAAGGCUUCUUACGCUAAGCAAAAGGGUUUGCUUGGUUACUUUGCUUGGCAUGUUGCACAGGAUGAUGACGACUGGACACUUUCCAAAGAAGGUUAG